AUUUGAGACAUUAGUGUCACAGUCCUGCUUUAGUCCUUUUGGGGCACUGUGUGACAAUCUAGGGUUCUUGGCUCCUCUGUUAUCCUCUCCCGUGAGAAAAAAAAAACGAAUCAACUUUGGGGUCAGUGUUAUCUGUGAAACGCUAGGGAGUUUUGUGAAACUGCGACUGGAGAAAUAGGACCAUCUCCGACUUGGAUCCAAAUCGUGUUUCUCUCACAUGGACAUCAUCAGUGCAUUGUCGGAUGAUUUGCUCUUGCGGAUAUUGUCACUUGUUCCUACAAAAGAUGUCGUGGCCACAAGUCUUUUGUCCAAAAGAUGGCGAUCUCUCUGGAAGUCAGUACCCAAACUUGCUUACAAUGAUAGCCAGCACACUGGUGACUACAAGAUCUUCUCUCAGUUCGUUUACAGGUCUUUGCUCUCAAAUAAAGCACCAAUACUAGACAAGUUAUAUCUAAAACUUGGCGCUGACUGUCCCUUCAUAGAUAUCGAACUGUGGAUUACUAUCGCACUAAGUCGCCCUCUGCGUGAGCUAGAAAUUGAUGUUGUUUCCAAGGAAAGGUCUCUUAUUCUGCCGAGUAGCCUAAUAUAUACCUCGGACACACUAGAGCUCUUGUCACUCAGCAAUUGCGUUUUCCUGAACGUUCCUCUGUCCGUUUGUCUCCCGUCUCUAAAAACUCUGAGCCUGGAGCUUGUCGAUUACACUGACAACGAUACUCUACCACGUCUUAUAUCCUGCUGUCCAAAUCUUGAAGUCUUGUUUGUGGAACGACAUAUUGGAGACGAAACAACUGAUUCCAUUGGUCGCGCAUUAACUAUGUUAGACAAAAAUUCUGGGACAUGUGAUCGGUUUGUGGUGGAUGCUCCUGCUAUGAAGUACCUUAAAAUUACAGAUUCUAUGGCUUACGAACUCCGUCAAAUGGAGAAUAUGCCUGAGUUGGUGGAGGCUUCCGUUUGCAUUACUAAAGGAGCAGCCCACAAGUUUCUAAAGGCUCUUACUUCUGUCCACCGCCUUUCACUAUCUUUAUCACUUUCAGAGGUUAUGCAUCCUUGUGGUAUGAUAUUCAAUCAGCUUGUUCAUCUCGAAUUGUUCACAACCGAAGGCUGGUGGGAUCUUCUUACUUGUAUGCUCCAAGAUUCUCCUAAACUGCGAUUUCUCAGACUCAGCAAUAACAACUUAAGAAGUGAAAGCAAAGAGACCCCUAUUGGUUGGAGGCCGCCGAGUUCUGUUCCCGAGUGUUUGUUGUGUAGUAUUGAGGCUUUUGUGUGGAUUGGGUACAAGGGGAGACAAGGGGAUAGAGAGGUGGCAACGUUUGUCCUAAAGAAUGCUGCUUGUUUGAAGAAAGCGACAUUCUCUCCAGAUUCUACUGAUGUGGGAGAGAAGUAUCAGAUGCUCAAGGUGUUGGCAUCUGUACCUACAGCGGCCAGCUCGUUUCAGCUUCUAUUCGACUGAACAAAUGAUAAAAACAUGUCGUUUUGGCUUUUUGUAGUUAAGGUCACAUGUCUCGUGUCAACCUUGUUCUGUUCACUGAGGCAAAAACCUUCAACUUAGUCCUGGCCAUUAGUUUAGUUGAUUGGUCUACUUCAUCCUAACCUUUUGAACGGUAUUGAUAAAAAAACAGAUUAAAACUUUUGAUUAUACAA